UAGUCCAGCGCGUCGCACGCAGGCGCAGUGCGGCGAUGGCGGAGCUGGCGCUGGGGCAGCACUGCGGGGUGGCGCACUGCCACCAGUUCGAUUUUCUCCCCUUUGUAUGUGAUGGCUGCUCAGGAGUCUUUUGCCUUCAGCACAGAAGCCGGGAUUCUCAUGGCUGCUCGGAGGUGAACAUAAAAAGUGAGAAUGUGAAAUUGGAUCAACCCAGAUCUUACCCAUGCACAUAUAAGGACUGUACUGGAAAAGAGCUUUUACCAGUUGUGUGCCCUUACUGUGAGAAACAAUUUUGCUUAAGACACCGUCAUCAGUCAGACCAUGAGUGUGAGGAACUGGAAACUCCUAAACCUCGGAUGGCAGCCACUCAGCAGCUAGUUAAAGAUAUUAUAGAUUCUAAAAAAGGGGAAGAAGUAAAAAGUAAGAAACGAAAAGGAGCAAAAAGUAGUGAAACAGCAGCCAAGGUGGCACUAAUGAAACUGAAAAUGCAUGCAUGUGGGGACAAGUCCUUGCCACAGACAGAACGAAUUUACUUCCAAGUGUUCUUACCUAAGGGAAGCAAAGAAAAAAGCAAACCCAUGUUCUUUUGCAGACAGUGGAGUAUUGGCAAAGCAGUAGAUUUUGCAGCUUCCUUAGCAAGCCUAAAAAAUGACAACAACAAAUCAACAGCCAAGAAAUUACGUCUGUGUCACACUGUAUCUGGAGAAGUGCUGCCAUUUGACCACACAUUGGAAAUUUGGAUGGCCAAUAAAGAGUGUCCGUUAUAUAAUGGUGGAAACAUUAUUUUGGAAUAUCUUGAUAAUGAAGAUCAGUUCAUAGAAGACACAGAUUCAUACUUAGAGUAGUUGAUCAGUAAAUUGCAUGGAAAAUACAGAUCAUCAAAAAACGCUGAGCUAAAUUAAAGCACAACUUGUGCUUGUAUUCUGCCCUCAGGUAGACAGUUCCUGUUCACGUCAAAUGGAUGGAGUUAUAUCUGCAGAACUGACAACAAAACGGAACCCUUUAAAAAUGGGUCCUUAGUUUUAACAAGGACAAGCUGUACUUAUUUCACUAAAAACAGUUCAGCACAUGUAAUGCACUGAUAUUGUUGAAUUUAAAUAUUUAUAAAACAGAAAUUCUUUCAUUUACAAACAACAUAAAACAUACUAGUAAAUUAAACAACAUCUACCAACAAGGAGAAUGCAUUAGAAAUUAGAUUUAUUUCUUUGUUUUAUUCUACUGCCAUUAUGCAACACAAUAAAGAUUUUUUUUAAACAUUUUAAAGUUAUAAAGUUUAAUGUGUUUUUAUGUAAGUUAAUUUACAUUUGAGUAGUUUAUUUUUUGCAUCUGUAUUCUUUUAGCCUAACUGAAUGAACUGUAAGUUAACUGGAAAUUGGAGGCACCCUAUCUGCUCAGGCAGAUUACAGUAUUCUCACCAUUACCUUUCAGAAUCAUGGAAUUCACCAUUUUUUCCAUGUUUUCCCUUUUGAUCCUACCUUGACAACACUCAAUAAGAAGUGUUUCUGAAGGAAUGCUUUUUUAGAAAUCAGGAGCUACUCUGCAGACACUUUCUAUAGACAAGAUUAAGUGGAAGGGAAAGGAAACAGAAUUUUUAAGUCAUCACAUCAGUUCUGAAUGUAUGACAGAGAGGGGCAUGGCUACAGUAUGUGACUCAACUACCAAAUAAGGGCCUCCAGAGUGCUCAGCCCAUGUCAGUUCCAGAUGUGAUACUCUUAAGUAGACCACACAAUAAUUCAAUGGCUUGUUGAAUUUUUCUUUUCAAACCAGCAAAACCCUGGUCCAAACUUUGAAUAAUUGCCUUUAUGGCUAUUGAAGGGGCUAUUGACAGUAUUGUUCAUACUUCCCUCAGAGAAGUAUAGGUCCCAGCAGUACAUAAAUACAUUAUGGCCUAAUGCUAUGUGUUUCAGUAUUAAUGACCUUGAUUGCCACUAUCUGUAAGCCCUUUUUUCUGAGAGAGGUCACUAAGGAGGUAGCAUUGUACACCAGUACAUGAUGGUCUCAUUUUAGGACUUCUAUUACUUAGAUUUCAGGCAUUAUAUGUGACAUGCUGUAACAUGGGAAAUAAUUAAUUGUAAAUUCAAAAAUAUCCAUU